AUGAAAGGUAUGGUUCAAAUACACCCUCCCUGCAACAUUCUAAUCAUAGGACACAGAAUGGAACCCUGGCUGGAAUCAAAGGACACAGAAUGGAACCCUGGCUGAUAUUAUAUCAUAUGAUGGGUGCAUGCCUGUGUGUCUUUGUGAAUACAUGUAUGUGUGUGUGUUUGUGUGUGUUAGGGAAAGGGGUGGGGGUGACAUUCUCCACCCACCCCUAGCACCCAUUUAUAAUACACAAACAACCAAACACUGUCAUUUUGUGCAAAUGCCAACACAUUUGUCCUGUAUAGCAGCCAGAUCAGCUCACACCAGGUACAUGGGGAGCCCAGGCUGAGGGUAUGUGUCCCUCUGAAAUGACAAGAGUAGGCAUGUGAAGGAAAAUUUCAUUUUAAAUCAGCUUUUUUGGUUCCUUAUCCGGGGACUAGCUUGCGGCUUGUGAUUGGCUGCCGGAGUCACAUGGUGAAAGUAACUUUACGGGGUCUACAGCUAGUAGGAGGGCUUUAUGAAGCAGAAAAACGACAAAGCGAGAAAAAUUAUUUUCCACUCCAGAAAUUAAUGAUCAUGAGUUCGUAUUUGAUGGACUCUAACUACAUCGAUCCGAAAUUUCCUCCAUGCGAGGAAUAUUCUCAAAAUAACUAUAUCCCAGAUCACAGUCCGGAGUAUUAUAGCAGGUCCAGGGACCCUGGAUUUCAGCAUCACCAUCAGGAAGUGUACCCUCCAAGACCAGCCUAUACUGAGAGGCAGUACAGCUGUGCCAGCCUGCAGAGUCCAGGGAACCCUCCUCCUCCCCAUGCCAGGGUCCAUGGGCAACCUCAGAGCACCCACCACCUUGUAGGCAAACCUCAGAUCUGUGAACAUCCAACCCCAUCUCUCACCACCUCCACCUCUCCUUCCCCAGCACCCCCAGCCUGCAACCAGACCAGUGCUGAGCAUCCCACCAGCACUGCUUCCAAACAGCCCAUAGUCUACCCUUGGAUGAAGAAAAUACACGUCAGCUCUGGUAGGAAACUUUUCUUUCUCCCUUAACCUUUUCUUCUUCUUGUUUUUUUUUUUUUUUUUUUUUUAAAGCUCAAAGAGUCUUUGGGUUAGCACAAUUGAACUGGAUUUACGACUUAGAAUGGGUAAUUACACCCACCAUAAAUUUUAUAGCCAAGCCUGUCUGGGCUGCUUCAGCCAUGUGGCUGCUCAUACUAUUCUGUAUGUGUGUGUGUGUGUGAGUGAGAGAGGGAACAAAACUAUAAGCUUUGUAAGGGGUGCAUAAAUAAUUCAGCCUCUUUGGAGCUAAGGGAACCCCUUCUUAACAGGACAGAAAGACUUGGAUCGUUAGAAGGAUUUUGGAUGGCUUUUAACAGACCACCUUUCUACUAGUUGGGGUUCUUUGCCUUUCUCUGUCUUUUGUGAUCUGUUUGCUCUGCUUGUAUGUUUCUUUUUUUUCCCCUUUCAUUUUUAUUUAGUUUAAUUUUUCAAUUUUUUAUCCCUCUUUUUUUUUCUUCCACAUUCUUUUUUUUUUUUUUUUCUCUCCCUUUUCCUCCAUUUGAUCCAUCUCCUUUCUUUCUUAGUGAACCCUAAUUAUACUGGGGGUGAUCCCAAGAGAUCCAGAACUGCCUAUACAAGACAGCAAGUCUUAGAACUGGAGAAAGAAUUUCAUUAUAACAGAUAUCUGACUAGGCGAAGGCGCAUCGAGAUUGCCCAUUCAUUGUGUCUCUCUGAAAGGCAAAUCAAAAUCUGGUUUCAGAACAGGAGAAUGAAAUGGAAAAAAGACCACAGGUUACCCAACACAAAAGUCAGAUCUACCGCCUCGUCCAAUGUAUCAAGCAAUAUCAUUGCACCAAAUUCUGCUACCAACGAGGAUCUAACGCAAAAUUCGACUCAGGAUCAACGGGAGGAUAUUACAAGGUUAUAAAUAUACAACACAAAGCCACCCCCACAAACAAAACCACAGAUGACUGAGUAUUUAUAGAAUCUAAUAAUAUAUAUAUAUAUUUUGGUUCUUGUAAAAAAAAUUUCCUUGUGCUUUGGGAAAAAUGAGAGCUUUUUUUGGAUCUUCAAAAAGGCUUUAAAAAUGCAUGUCACAGAGCAUGUAGCCAGGUUCUAUGUAAAGUGUUCGUUUGUUUGUUUGUUUGUUUUUUUUUAAUGCCAGUUCUGUCUUUAUUUAUUUUUUAAAGGGAAAAAACAAUGAAUGUUUUGUUUUAAGUAAUUUUCUUAAAAUGAAAAAAAAAAAUACAGGGUUGCAAUUUUCUUUGCCCUUGAAGUAUUUAAAAUAAACUAUGUAGGUCUGUUAACAUGAGAAGGACAAGAAAAUGGAGGUGAAAAAAUCUUUUUUGUACAAAGUAUUAUUAUUAUUAAUUAUUAUUAUUAUGUGAUAAUCUUAUUUAAAUAAAAAUGACAGCACACCAGAUACAAUUGUAUCUGAUUUAAAUUAAAUACCACAAUGUGAAGAUAUUGAAAGACAGUCUCCAAGUCGUAGAUAGUUAGAUUUUAUUUUAUUGUGGAUACUGUGUUUCUUUAUUAUUAUAAUUAUUAUUAUAAUUAUUCGUGUGUUUUUAAUUUUUUUAAUUUCAGUUGGGAUUCCAUUGUAAGAAAAUGCUAUAUAUAUAUAUAUAGUUCUAGUGUAAUGUGACGUCUCUAUGUUCAAUAAAAUACUGUCUGUGUUUUAGUUGAACCUGGAAGUCUAAUUGUUCAUUUUAAUCCGGUUUCAGAAAAAAAAAGAAUACACAUUUAUUAAUAAGGGCUAAAAUUCAUGGAUUUAGUGCUAUUUUUCAAAUGUCAAUAUAGUGUCACCUUCAAGGGUUUGCAACAGCCAGGAAUAGGGUAUAUACACGUGUACCUCUAGCAAUAUAACAUAAGACGUAUACUUUGCUUUUACAGUGGUUUGUGUGCAUUUUCUAUGUUAUCUGUAGAUACAGAUCCUUAACAAGCAUUCUGAUGCAGAAGCUAUAAAUAUUUACAAUUUUGACAUUUUUAUUCCCAAUAACCCUAUCCCUCCUAUUUUUAACCCAUAUUUAAGAUGAUUUGCUUCAGCAUAGGUCUAAAUUAACACAGUUGAGUUUAUGAUUUAGAUCCACCAUUUUAUUCUUAUUAUAUAUAUAUAUAAAUAUUUAUUAUUAUUUUUUUUUAUUAUUUAUUUAUUUAUUUAUUUAUUUAUUUAUAUUUUUACAAAAUGAUGAAUUAAUACUCCUAAAAGAACUCUGUGGAAUGUAAAUGUACAGAACCCAGAGGUGCCUAGUGCGAUCUUUAUCUAUCAGCCCAGGCCUAGAUCAUCUCUGAUAAUAUUUAAUAUGAACUGUUCUUUUCUUUCUAACCAAAUAAUGUGAAUUUCAGGUAGGCCUGUCCAACAGCCUGCAACAGACCUCCAAUCCAUUGUAGCAGGAGCGUAAAUGUGGGCUUAUCACAAACAUGCUUAUCUCUUAUCUCUCCAUUGCUUUAAAACUGUAUUAGUGACAAUAAACAAACACUAAUCUAGUUGAAACUAUUUGGAUUAUUUUCUCUCGAUCCUUUACUCUAUUUAUGAAUUAUGUUGGAUCUUAAAGCUACAUAAGAACAGUGCCAUUUAUUUUUAGGUAACAAAAUAGCAGAAUCAAUCAACCUUCAGAUUUAAAUUAAUCAGCUAAAAUAUUUUUCAAAUAUUCUUCGUAUUUAUCAAUCUGAAUCUGAAUCAGAUCGCUUGUAUGUGUUUUUACAAAAUCACAAAUAUAUAGUACACUCACAUAUAUGGUAUAUAAGCAAUAUUUCUUUUUUUUUAGCCAUAACAAUAAUUGAAUCCAGACACAUUGAUGGCUGCUUUCUAAUAUAUGAUAAAACACUAAUCUCAGAUCAGUACUGUUUGCUGAAAGUUUGUGUGCUGUUUAUUUGGUUUUAUGGGAGUUGUUUAGAGAGCAUUUUGUUGGAACAAUGUUAACACAUGUGGUUCAAGGGUUAACUUCACCCUUUGGUGGACCCCCUCAUCCCUCUGUCUCUCACUGUCUCUUUGUAAACUACUUCAAAAUUUGAUAAAUUAAAAUUGAAUGUCACAGGCUUCUUGCUGCUUGAAUCAUAUGGGGGACUUUUGUGUUCCUUGUGUCUUCCCAGAAAGGAGCCAAUACAUUAAUCAAGUCCCUUACUAUAGGCUGAAUAUAUUGAAUUAAGAAAUAAAACAACAUCAGAUGUAGGUAGAAAGUUUAUCAUUCGGUUUAAAAUAUCGAUUGGGUUACAGAGCUAGAGAGGGGGACAUUAAAAAUCCAAUUUUGUCAUUGCUUGUCUGAUAUUUAAAAAAAAAAAAAAAAUCUUUACCCAGUCAGUCCUACAGACAUGACAAUGACACUUGCAGGAUUCUUGCAUGGAUUUGUAUAGUGAAUGCCUGAAACGGGGGGGUGCAGAGUAUAAGACAAAAAAUAAAAAUAAAAAAUAUCCUCCCUCCAUCUAAAACAGCCUCCACUGUGGGUUUUAAAGAGCUCAUUGGUUCCUCCACGUUGAGAGGGUGAAAAGGUAUUUUAUUGAAGUUCGGGUAAACAGCAGAAUGCAGAGUUCAGGCAAAGGACACGUUUUCUAUCCCAUUAACUUUAUUUUAGGGUAACAGCCUGACCUCUAAACCCCUGUGACCCACACAGGUUACACAACUUGGAUAUUCUAUUUUUUUUUCUACAUGGGACUGGAAGGAUUCUCACUGAGUACACUCCAGCACAUGAUGAGAUUCAGAGGAAGUGUUUCUUUAAAAAAUAAAAUCAAAACAAACAAUAAAGUAAAAUACACAAAAUAAAGAAAGUAAAACACACAAGUUUAAGUUUGUAUUAAUUGUUGCAAUUAUCACAAUCAUUAGGAAUUCCCACGCUUUUAUUCUCUAUUCUAGUCACACUCUGAAAAAAUAAAAAAUAUAUUCCCACGUGGUCUUAAAAUGUAACUUUAAAUAGCAUUAGAAAGAUAUACUGAUUAUUCUCUGCUGUGCUCCCAGAACCAGGAUUAUGUAAACAAGCAGAUUUGCCUUCAUUGACAAAAAUCAAUCAAAUUCUCACACAUACAUUCAUAUCACCAAAUAAGAUAACACUGUUUUUUUUUUUGUUCCAAGUUUUAUGUAAACUAGAUGACACAUCAAAAUAAUAAUAAUAAUAAUAAUAAUAAUAAUCAUAAUAUAAAAAAAAUAAUUCCUUUGGUGGGUUAGGACACAAACUGUGCUCUCAGGAGCAACUUAGGAACUAAAUUGCUGUACUUGUAAGUUUAAACAAAGUUUCUGAGCUAAGUGUUUGACCCUUUUAACUCUGCUUGUGUAUAAGAAAGAAACCGAGAUAGGUGUAUAUCAAAGAGAUACCUAGAUAACUAGUGUGAACAUAUAUUUUGGCCAGUACAAAAAGGAAAUAGUUUUACAAAUAUAAAUAGUUCACUCCUUAAAGGCAUUUAAGAUCACUCCUGUUUAUACUUUGAAAUGUAAACUCAUGUAGCUGUAUAAUUCUAGGUGGUAAUUCAACCUUAUCAGAUAUCAUUAAACAUUUUGGAAUCUAUUCACUAAACGGCGAGAUGUGACGCUUUCACAACCCCCAGUUCAAAUAUAGGCCAAAGUAUCUUGUUUAAAAAUAAAAUCUCCAUUUAGUCUACAUUUUUUUUUCUUCUCAAAACUGUGUUAUUUUGUCAUACACGUUGCAAUGUGAAUUUCAGCUCUUAACAAAUCACUGUUUAGUGAAUAGAACUCCCAUCCCCUGGGGAUUUAAACCUGUUUCUUUGUGCCUGCAGUUCAAUGUUACACUUUGCUGCUAGUAGAUAUACAAUUAAAAGACAGCCACCCCGAGUUAAGUGUGUAAAUUACGAUCAUUUCUAUAUAACUGCCAGUUUAACACAGAUGAUCGCUAUAUUUAUUGUGAUCCGCAUGUCAUUAUCUCAAAAUAUAGUUUUAUGCACUUCCUAAUAUGUCCUUAUGAUUUAUUUCCCCAUGGCAAAUCACCAAACCAAACAGGUUUGGGUCUGAGGGAAGGAACAGUAAUGUUAAAAGCCUGGAAUUCCAAUUGUAGUGAUGUCAGAACUUUGUUACAUGACCUAAAACAAACAAGAUUCUAUAAUUAUUAUUUAUUUAUUUAAUUAUUUAAUUAUUUAAUUAAUUAAUUUUUUCCUUGCUAGAUUACUAGACUUAGUGGUUCCUCUGGUUAAUUUGAAAUGCAGCCAAAGAAGAAACACGUAUUCAAAUAGAGGGAGCGUGUUGUAUUAAUAACAUAUUAACAGUGUACACUUCUGUUAUUAAUCAAAAACCAUUAGUGAUCGCAGAUUAAACCUUUGAUUGUAACACUGAACACUGCUAAGGCCAAUCUCAUACAUCAUUUUAUGUUUUAUGAUAUUGAAUGGGUCUCAUAACUUCUUAAACCCUUUCCCAGACAGUGAGGCUUGUCUGUGCAUUGCAUACCGGCGCCGAAAGAGUUAAUUAUACAACUAGUGUAAACUGGAAAGGAAAUAAUGACAAUGGUAAUAAUAAUAAUAAUAAUAAUAAUAAUAAUAAUAGUAACAUUCAGUCCUGCAAUACAUGCUGUAAUUAUUUAAACAACAUAAGGAUAUCUGUUUAUUCUGUGCAGUAAUAAAUGACCCUGGAUUUUCCCCCUAUAUUAUCUACAUCUGGAUAUAGAAAACCAGAUUACAAGGAGUAUCAAUAAAUUCAGCAGAGGGUAAUAUUUGCUAAAUUCUCAGAGGUAUAUCACAUAUAAUGUAAAGUGAUGAUGGGGCCUGUGGGUUUUAUUAAUAAGGGGCAUUUCAAUGGCUUUAUUGACAAUCUGAAAAUGAUAUCCACAAAACAUACAUCUCUCUGGGUCUCUAUGUCUCUGUGAAUACACACACAUACAUCUACAUACAGACACACAUGCACAUUAUAUAAGUCUAUCUAAAUACUCUCAUACUGAUAUCUCUCUGAGUAUAUACAUAUAUUAUACAUAUAUAAAGCACUAAAAAGAUUGUUGUUGGAAUACAGCUGCAAAGGCCCACUUUGUCCUGAUCUGGAGAUAUUUACAUUAUGGUAUAUGUAAUUAUAGUAAAAUAAACACAUGUUUCAUUUACUAGUUAAUUGAAUGGGGUUAAGUAAAAAAAAAUAAUACAAUUGUUUAUUGUACACUUUAACCCCAUAGAUUUUGGUAGACUUGCAAAAUUUAAACCAAAGAAAGAAAAAAAAAUCCCACUGUCUGACUGGAUAGGCUAUCCAUCUCAGCUAGUUGAACCUAAAAUGAUAUAUUGUAUGGUUUGUAUACAUAUUAUAUAUAAUAAAUGACAUUGUAUAGUAUUGUAUAAAAUGAUAUAUUGUAUAGUAAUUGUGUGUGUGUGUAUAUAUAUAUAUAUAUAUAUAUAUAUAUACAAGAAAUUAUACAUACAUAUUAUAUAUACAAUGAUAUAUUGUAUGGUUUGUAUACAUAGUAUAAAAAAUGAUACAUUAUAUAGUAUAUGUAGAGAUUAUAUAUACUAUUAUAUAUUAUAUAGUAUACACACAUGUUAUACAUAAAAUAAUAUAUUGCAUAGUAUAUACACAUAUAAUGAUAGAUACAUAUUAAACAAUACACAUACUUAUCAAUAUAAUAUACAUACAAAGUAUCCUAGCAUAGAAUGCAGCUAUAGUUUGUAGAGUGAUGGUAGGGGGACCCAGGCUGGUGAAUAGCUUGCAAUGCCCAGUGUUUAAAGCCAGCUAUAAUUAUUGGAGAGUACCAGUGUUAGGCAGCAGGUUAGAUCUGCAUGUCCCCGGUCAUGACCCUAGUCUGGGACAAUAGGGUCAUUCAGUGGGGUCUUCCAGCCUCGCCCUUCUAGACACUCCAGUCUCUGCCAUUGUUUGCUAACAGCAGGUAUUUCAGUUUUGUAGUGGGAGCUUGUGGCAUGGCAGUUACAAGGAGUAGGCCUCUAUUAAUAUUUACUCUGCAGAGCAAUGUUUACAUACAUCAGCUAAACUAUAGGGUCCUCACAAUCAACUAACUCUCUGUUAUAUUAUACCAGCAAUCCUGGGAGAAUGGAUGGCAUAUUGGGUUGGUGUAAAUAUAAAAACAUGUCUGAUAAAGGAAGAUAGAGUAUUGCAUCUUCAUAGUCACAAAAUAGUUACAUUUAAUGACAUUAACAUUGGGCUUAAAAACACACAGUUGUUUACAAAGCAACAAGCCUUGGUAUUUACUAAUUACUAUGACUUACUGCUCAGCUGCACACAAUAUUUAGUAAACACAUUAUAGGUGGGACAGUAUUGCUGUUUGUUUAUUUUGUGGUUAUAAAUGACAAUCCCUCCUAUUUAUGUAUUUAUGGUAAAUUGAGAGUUUUUGAGGGGUGGUUCUGCAAGAUGAUAUUUUGGUAAAAAUUUCACUGGGACAACUUUGUAACCAUUUAAUAAUAUAUCUCUGUGUACAUAGGUUCUCAGACACUUAAUGGACACAAUCCAUUUUGUGAUAGCUAAGGCGUAGUAAGGGGUUUAUUCACUAAACAGUGAAUUCAAAAUCUGCAAAGAACAAUUUGCCAAACUUUAUUUAAGAAGAAUUGGAUAUUAUUUUUCCUUCCCCAAUUGAGCUAUUUCCUUCUAAAUCAGUUCUGCUUACUUUUCUGAUUCACCAAAUCAGUUCUCAUCCCAAUAUUACUUACUGUUUACCCGCCAGCCCUCCCACCCCCAAAAAAGUCACUUUUCCCUGGAAAGGGCUUGAAGUGUGUUAUAUCGUUAUACCAUGGCGAGGGGAAGCACACACAGCUACAACUUUCUCUUAACACCAUAUUGUAUGCUCCUAUUUUUCUUUAGCUUGUUUCAGCGUUUACAGAGUUGAGGUAACAAUAAAGUACAUCGUGCAUCUUAAUCAGUUCUCAUUUCUGGAUAAAACACAUUGAAAAACAAAAAAUUAAACAAAUAAAUAAAUAAAUACAUAAAUAAAAUCAUUUGACAGAUAUAUUUUGUUUUAUGUUCUUUUUACACUUCCUAUGCUCUUUUUUUUGUGUCUUUUUUUCCUUCCUUUAUCUUCUUUAUCAGAUUGCAUCUACAGAUCUUGUAGCACCAAAAACCAGAACAGAUUCUGAUAAAAAUCACAGAAAACAAGGGAGAGAAAUGACCAAAAAAAUGCUUUGAUUCUUUGGAUGACUGGUUAGACCAUUCACCUACCCUGAGACAGUUUUAUGGCCUGGCCUGUAUCUGCACCAGGGCUGGGCUGGGAGAAGUCACACUGAGGUCACAAGGAGUUCUUGUGAGAAUAAUUGACUAUUGGAGUUGUGUUGCCUGGAAUAAGGAACAAGGGUUGUAUAAUACACAUCUGAAAUAAAAUAAUAUUAUAUUAUUCAUGCAUCAUCUACAAAAUGUGUUGUUGCUGAAAUUGUUCCUAAUUUUCUAGAAUCUUAAUAAAAUCCAAUGAUGGACAAUCUUCAUAUAUUCUAGAACCAUUCAAACCUCUUUCCCACACAGAGAGCCCCAAUCAAUGCGUGGGAAGAUUUUUAUAUUCCUUUUGUUGUAGCAUGGUAUAAUCCUAUUCUUUACAAUUGCAUUCAUUCACAUUUGGGAAUGAAAAAUAAUAUUUAUUCAGAAAAUAGUAAAUUUACCAAUGUACCCUAAAACUGACCUUUGCUUGUCCUAUCCGAUUCCAAAUCAUUGCAAAUCAUGUUAUAAUCGUUUUACCAAAAUCAACUGUUGACAGCACUGGUCAUCAACUUACUCAUUGCUACCAGCUGCUUCAUUACAAGUGUAGCGAGGUGAGGAGCUCACAGUUAUAGGGUUUUGCAUAGAACCUGUUGCAUAGGCUUUAUUUAAAAGAUUUAGGAGAGAUAUUCUAUUUCUGGAACUUUUUAGGGAUCUCUGCUUCAAGUACCAUCAUGUGACAUCCCCAACAAUACUUUAAAUUUACAUAUGAGUGAUGCUACAUUGUAGAGGAAUGAUGGGUAAUUAUGUGUAAAGACAACGCUACGGAAUUUGCUGGCGCUAUAUAAAUAACAAAAUAAUAAUAAUAAUAAAGACUCAUUGUAACAUUAGAGCAGUCACCAUAGAAACCCAAAGCAUGUUCUUGUUUAUAGCUCAAGUUUUAGAACUUUUACUUCUACAAUAUUCUUUCAUACCCUCUAUAGUGUGUCUUUUUAACACAGUCCUGCACACCUUCUGAACCAUAUUAAAAUUAAAGACACAGUAUAUGUACUGAUUUGGUACUGGAGGAAUUUGAAAAAGAACUACUCAUGCUUAUUUCUCUACUUUUUGAACUUUGCCCCAUAAUUUAUUUUCACAUACAAUACUUUUUUCCUGAGUCUUUUUUUUUUUUUUGUAGCUAAAAUGCAGAUCAUCCUCGUGACUGUAAGAAAAUCUUCAGUAGAACUCAUGAUUUUCAAUGACCAAUAAAAACAAACUUCCCAAAACAAACACAAUUUGGAAUGCAGCACUCACCAUUUGGCUGAACCACUAUACCAGUGUGUUACUGGCUUUAGCCAAGUGGCCAGCAGUUGUGACUUUGUUACAUUGCAUUUAUCUAAGCAAAACAUUGCAAUCAAAGCAAAUGUUAUAUCAGACAAAUCCAGUUAUACAUAAAUAAAUACCCAAUAUUUACUAAUAAGGCGACUGGAAUAUUCAAUAAGAACUAAUUUUAUUUUAUAUAAAUUGUAAAUAAAAAAUAAAAAAUUAUAUAUAUAUAUUUUCUGCCAUUUACAUUUACGGUGCAUAGUAUGGUAUCCCUUAUACCCCAUUUGACUGCCAUUGUCUAAUGAAAUCUUCAAUGAUUUUACUUCAAACAGACUUGGAUUAAGCUGUGUGUUAGGAAAGUGCUUGGUAUUAAAUUCCUGGCCCUCUUCGAUGUGUUUAGUAACUAAGUCCAGAAUGUGCUACAUUGAGCAUGGUAAUAUAACACCCAGAAUAUUUCAUACUUCAGACGUGAUGAGUUAAGAACAGUUUUGUGACCUUCCCAUAACCAUUUCAAAUCUAUCCCGUGUCUCUUAACCCUCUUGAGGACAGAGUGGAUGUGUUCUGCAGUGCGUUGCUUGCUGUUCUGAUGCUGAGAAGGUUAAUUUCAGCCUCAAAUGCUUCUCACUUUCAAACUACAUAGAAUUCCGACACAUACACAGGUUCAUAGAAGGUUCACGGAAAAUGUUAUAUGCACUUUGUAAUGGACUGUCUAUCUUAUUCUUGAUGAAUGGUAUAUCAUUCUGGGAAAAAACUGCUAUGUCAGAAUAUUUGACGCCUGGGUUAGCGUCCUCUCAGAUUUUCACAAUAAGUCCUAUGAACAAAGGAAGUUCAUGUGAAUUGCAUGAAUCUUUAUUAUUACUUCAUUAUUAUGAUUUUUUUGCAGAUAUAGAUCAAACAUACAAUAGAUAAUACAUGUACAAUGGGUUAUCAAAACACACUAGUCAUUGCGUUUGUGCACGUUUUUAGUACAGAAAGAAGAUGUAACAAGGGCCUUGCUUGGGUGAACAAGUCUUAUAAUAUGGCGUCCAUAUUUUGUUUUGUUUAGUCCAUGGUAUCGUGAAAGCAAAGCAACCCAUAAUUAACCAGAAUUAUUAAAAAGUCAUAGGAUAGCCGCAGGCAAGAGUUGACUUUCUCCGUCAUACAUUAUACUCCAGGAUCAUGUGACCACAAGGAACGUGCAGAUAUCUAUCAAUUAUAAAACAAUUUGGUGUUAGUCUAACUGUGCAGCCUAAACCAACAAUCUACUUCUGGUUCGACUGAGAGGAACCACAGGAAAACUGUGAGGAAUGAAGUAAGUCUGAAGAGUGGAGGAGAGAGGGAUGGAAGUCAACAAUAUAUAUAUUGGGUUCCAAUGUAGUCUAGUUUGGACAGCCCUGCUUUGGUGUGGUGGGCGAUAGGCCUUGUUUUGUAUAACGAGCUAUGUGUCAUAAGUGUCAGUAUGGAACUGAAACAGCAAAGAUCCUUCAAGUAUAUUGAGAAAUGUUGAAUAUGUUAAACAAAACAGAGGCACUCAGGCUGGUUGGUAGUAAAUGACAUACCUUCAUUCUAGUGCCAGUAAAGUGGACAGGGAAACAGUGGCUUCUACUAACAGAAUGCUAACGUUUCAAUGAGGAAGGCCGGUGUCACCGGAACCCUUUUGAAAAAGUUAUAUGUCUAUAUGCUUUAUACAGCACUUCAAAGAAAUGAUGUACUACGUGCAAUUAGGAAGAAUUGCAUACAAUAAAAAAGAAAAAGGCAGGGGCUACAUUCGGGAAAUGCUCUAACUUCACAAGAGCUCUUGCAUUGUUGUUUAAGAUGAUUAGCUGCUUUUCAGAGUCCAUGUGCCCAGAGGCAAACACGAAGCCAAGUACAAUGGAGUUCACAAUACACGCUUUAGUGACUCCAAAGCUGUGAUGACCAGGAUCCUAACACAGGUGGUUGGCGCGUGUUAAAUAAACAUCAUUAGAUCCAUAAAGCGGUCAUAGUGACUUCUACCUACAGACUCUGCAAUAGGUGGAAACACUAAAGCUUUAAGAUUAGGCAUUAACUACGUCUGUAUCAGACCAAUAUCUAGUACAAUUUCAUGCAAUGAUUAGAGGAUGUAGGAUAGACUAAAUUCCUUCAUAAAUUGAUGCUAGUUGAGUUUACAAUUUCCUUUUAGUUGGAGAUGAACAAAUGUUCCAUCUUACAAAGUAAAAG